AUGGACAAGAGUUGGAUGCAAGUGCCAAACAGGUUCACAUCACGUGAAUAUGGUGAAGGGAUUAAUAAACUCCUCACCAUGGCAAAACAAAAUGCACCUGCAAGUAAUACCUUCAGGUGUCCAUGUCGAAGAUGCCAUAAUAACUUUUUUCGACCACUAGAGGAAGUCGAAGAUCAUCUAUUCACGAUAGGUAUUGAUCCAAGUUAUACACAUUGGAUCUUUCAUGGGGAAGGUGAAAAUUUCAAUGUGAGUUCGUCAGAUGAUGAUGAAGAAACAAUUAAUUCAAGUGAGAAUUACGUUGAUGAUAUGGAUGAGAUGAUAGACGACAUUCGGGCUGGAUCAUUCAUGGACCAUGCAGACAGGGAACAUGGCCCAAGUUCUUCUGAUCCUUCAAUGACUGAUGGCCAAUCAAAAAAUUUUCACCAAUUGUUUGAGGAUGCGAAAUGUCCACUGUAUCCAAGUUGCCGAAAGUUUUCAAAGCUUUCAUUUAUAGUCAAGCUGCUUCAUAUUAAAACAAUUGGUGGGUGGACUAUCAAGUCAUUUAACAUGGUCUUACAAUUGUUAAAAUCUGCUUUUCCAGAAAUUGAGAUACCUAACUCAUACCACGAGGCCCGACGCCUAGAGCGUGGUUUGGGUUUUACUUAUGUCAAAAUUGACGCAUGCCCAAAUGACUGCAUGCUAUUUUGGAAAGAUGACGCGGACAAAGAAGUUUGUUCUAAAUGCAAUGAGUCAAGGUGGAUGUCAACCAGGCUGAAGAAGGGGAAGAUUCCCCAAAAGGUCUUACGAUACUUUCCUCUUAUACCCAGAUUACAAAGAUUAUUUAUGUCGAAGAAUAUAGCAAAAUCUAUGAAAUGGCAUAAAGUAGAACGAGUUGAUGACCAGAGUACUCUAAGGCAUCUUGCUGAUUCUAAGUUGUGGAGGCAAUUUGAUAAAGAUCACCGUUGGUUUGCAGAAGAUGCUCGCAAUGUCAGAUUGGGUCUAGCUAGUGAUGGUUUCAACCCAUUCAAUAAUCUGAGCAAACCGUAUAGCAUAUAG